AGGGCGUCUGUCGAUAUAACCGAUGAGGAACGGCAGGCCUUUUAUUUAUCCGAAGUUAAGGAAUGGCCGGUCAGGGGAAAGGCUAAUGAAUGCAAACGCGUAUCAAAAGCAUUGACACAAAUCAUGGCAUUAACUGAAUGGAAGGAAGUGGCGAAAGUGUUCAAUCAUAUGGACGGGGAAUACGUUGGGGAAGUGGCGUAUCCUAUAGACCUGGAUGUCAUCAAAGCUCGCGUCGACAAUAAGUUCUACCGAAGACAAGCGGCCAUCAAAUACGACCUGAAGUUCAUUGAGUCGAACGCCUCUCUCCUGAACGCAGACGAAGACAGUCUUCUGGUGAGGAGCGCAAGGAUUGUGACCUCUAUUUGCCUUAAAUUCAUUGACGACAAGAAGGCCACAGAUAUUAAAGACAUUUACGACAAAGUGAUGGCCGACCACUCGCACCUAAACAAAAUCAAGUACCACUCGUGUACCCGUCCGUACCUCAACCCCAACCCCAACACUUUGAAUCCAAUCAUUGAGAACACGUUCAAUGAGAUGAUGGGUUUGGCCUCCACUUCAGCGCCAACUGAACCGAGCGUCGAAUCCGACAGAGAAUAUCCUGUCAUUGAUAUGACUCUGACUUCAGAUGAAGACUCCGUUAUGAAUGGAAGCGAUGACGACGAAGAAGUGUUGAUCCCUUUUGUGAAAAAAGAGCGCAUUGAAGACAUGGAUGUGUCGACAACACCGGCGCAAAGGAUUUCCAGCAGAAAUACAUCGAUGAACAACAGCGUCGAUGACACGAAUCAAGUCUCUAACGAUUCACUACAACAACCGGUCAAACAAAAUACUCGCAAAUAUUUCUGCGUUUUAUGCGACGAGACGUUUGGAGAGAGAAAUGAAGCGAUCGAUCAUUACUGCCAUAAACUGAAUAUUAAGCUCAAGUGUAGUCAUUGUCCACAAAACCUAGCGUUUGAAUCACUGCAGCAAUACUUGGGUCACAACGAGGAGCACGUCUUUCUCAUGAGGGCAUCGUUCGAUCAAAAGAGAUAUUUGACUCACAAGUCAUGGAUCGACAAAAUGGUUAAAUACAUCGACGGUCUCGUGAAUGAGCUCAAGAUCCAGAAGGAGAUCCACCGGCUGUACGGCGACUGGUGUCCCGUCUGUAAGCGCCUCAACGUCUUGACCCACGACUCGAAGCCGUUCUUUAACGACAGGGUAUUUAAAAACAAUCGCAAACUGGAGAACAUUCGGCCGAUGGAGGCGGAGAUGAACUUCAAGAAGCAUAUCCAACAACACAUGGGAUACGAACCCAUCUAUUUGUGCACUCUUUGCACCAAACCUAACAGCGCUCUCGGCUUCCGCUCGGCAUCACUCGAAUCGUGUCGACAGCAUCUCAUCCGCGAUCACAAAAAAGACCCCAAUAUAGACAACCCUAACGUCAUGUCAUACCUCUCGAACACAAAGAUUCCAGAUCUUGAGAAAGCGAUUCCCACUUUGGUCAACAAAUUUAUCAUUAAUUGUCUCAACUAUUAAACUUAUUCGCAUCACAAGUAUUUCAAUUCAGUUGACAUUAACACAAAUAACCAUUGAUAGCCAACUGCUCAACCAUUGCAUUACAUACACAUUCAAUAACUUAUUGCCAAUAAUUAC